AUGGCGCUUGCCGAGAAGACGCGCCGGGCGGGCUACACCGACGCGGUGCUCGAGCUAUGGGCCAAAGUGCAGGAGACGGGAUGGUUGACGGACCGGAGUAUCUGGCUCGCGACGGUGACGUUGCGGAGUAUCGAUAGGCCCGACCUCGUCCUCGAGAUGCACAAGAAGCGAUGGGAGGAGCGCCCGCGGGACGCAACCCUGGGUGACCCCCUCUUCCUCGCUGCGUCGACGAUGGGGGAUUACGAGACCAUGGCGGCCGUGUCGCGCAAGCUGUUCAACCAGACCAAACUGUCGAUCUGGGCACGCAUGGCCGCGUACAGCACGUACUGCCAGGCUCUCUCCUCCAACCCCACCCCCUCCUCCUCCACCUCUUCUUCCUCUUCGACACCCUCGUUCGCCGGCGAGGGCGCCGCAUCCACAGCCGAGGCUGCGUUCCCGCUCUGUCCCGAGAAAUCGCUCGUCGCAGCUUCGCUCUUCCUCAAAACCCUGCCCGCGGUCGAAGAGAGCGUGGACGUGUUCUGGCUUCGGCUCGCCGUCCUCAUUGGCGGGCGAGAGUUUGGCGAGGCCCGCGCCCUGCUGAAGAAGGAGGGACACUGUGGUGCGCUCGCCCGCAGAUGGGUCAGCAUGCAGGCCGCAGCGGCCAUUGCGGCCUACGACGAGUCCUUGCGUGCAUCGGUGUGGGAGGACGAGUUUGCCACGGCCGCUGCAGUGCUCAAGGGGGACCCCGAGGCGCAGAGCAACUAUGCCUUUUACAGACACGCGGUGGACGCGGUGAUCCUCGGCGGCGUUGACGCGGCAAAGGCGCGGACGCUCUUCGAGGAUCUCCGGGGGAGCGUGAAGGACCGAAGUCCUGCGCUCGCGCUGCUUGAACUCGAUGGCCGUCUCCGAGCCUCUGGCAAGGGGGAGAGCAUGUCCGAGCCCGAGUGGCGCAAGGCGCUCGAGUCCUAUCUCGACCGCUGGGGCGCGAAGUGGACCGCGGGCAGCGAGGUCGCCGGCGUGUCCGUUGGAUUCGAGCGCGCCGCGGACGAGAUCAUGGCCGAGCGUGCGGCACGUUUCGCGACUCACGCGAGCGAGGCGGACUUUGUCGCUCUCUCUGUCGCGGAGCUCUUCGCCCUAAAGUCGCGCAAAGACGGUAGUCUCGAGGAGGCCCAGCGGCUGUGGACGCUCUACGAGUCUGGAUUGCAGUACGGUGCCAACCUGCCCAAGACGGACGUGCAGCCCGCCGACCCCCUGGGCCUAGCGGCGGUGGAACACCUCCUGCGCGUCCACCAUGCUUCUCCCCCAAGCGACGUUCCGCUACAGGACGCGGCCGUGCUGCUCGAGACGGCGCCCGCCUCGCCCUCGUUGCAGCUCGACGCGCUUGGAUGGGUGUUUGAGCGCGCCGACGACCUCAGAGUGGCACGGGAGGCGUACUGGAAUGACUUUGCGGGCAAGGCCGAGGCCAUGUAUGCGCGCUCCCGCGCCGAUCUGCCCCAGUACAUCACGCACGCGCUCGAGCACGAGAGUUACUCAAAGAUCCGGGGCAUCCAGCAGCUCGUGUCCAACCUCGACCGCAGCGUCGGACAGGUUUCGCUCGACACGGAGCUGCUCCUCCGCGACCUCGUCAGUGGAGCGAGUCUCGACAGCAGCAUGGUCAAGCGCCUCGUGAAGGCUGGGUCGGCCACCCUCGUGGACAACAGGGUGUAUGACCUGACGCCGUCGUCUCUCUCCGGCCAGACGCCCGAUGAGGCGCAGGCACUCGCGCGCGCGCUGUCGCCGAUCGCGUCCUGGGUCGCCGGUGACGAGGCGGCGCUCGAUGCGCCUAUCGAGACCGUGGAGGCCGUGGAGGGCGCCGGGCUCGUAGCGGGCCUGACGCAGCUGGCGCGCGCCCUCCGCGCCGCAGUCAAGGAGGAGGGCGACGCCGUCCCCCUCUCCUCUGUUUUCCCUUCUUCUCUCUCGCGCACCGAGGUCGCGACGCUCGUGGGUGUCAGUGAUCGCCUGGUCGCCCGCAUGACCGAGGUGCUUCCCACGGGCAAGAAGAAGAAGAACAAGAACGGACAGCUGCGCAAGGCGCGUCUGUUUGAGCUGCGCGACUCGCUGAGGAGCGUCCGGGAGGAUAUCCCUAGUAGCUCUGAGAAGGAGUCUGCGUGGAAGCCGACCAUGGGAGCUGAGGAGCGCCGCAGGGAAGUCGGGGAGAAGGUUGCUGAGGGCCGCAAGAUGCUCGACACCGCGAUCGAGGCCGCGCUCAAGGAGAAGAAGUAG